CAACCCUCCGAGCCACCGACGUCCGACUACAAUUUUGCUAAUUUUGUGUUUAACUGAACUUCACAAAAAUAAAAUGUUACAACUAAGUGCAAUUUUAAUACGACGACCAUUUGUUAUAUCGAGUCUAAUUAAAUCUCCACAAAUUCAAUACAUAACAAUUGGAUCUCAUCGUUGCCUGGCCCAAAAAGCUGGAACACCAUUUGUCAGUCGACCAAAUCUUGGCCAAAGAGAUGACAAAAAGAUUUCACCACUUGGUUAUUUUCUUAUAUUGCUUCCUGUCACAGCAUUCGGUCUAGGAUGUUGGCAGGUGAAACGUAAAAUAUGGAAGGAAAAUCUUAUAAAAGAACUCAAAGAGAAGACUCUUACCGCAGCUGUGAAUAUUCCUGAAAAUUUGGAAGACUUAAAUCAAAUGGAAUACCGAUUGAUCAGAGUGCGGGGUGAAUUCCAACACGAUAAAGAACUGUUGCUAGGACCAAGGUCAUUUAUUCGACCAGACGGUGCUGAGACAGGAGGAGGACUUUUAUCAUCCCGAGAUGGUUCAAACGGAUAUCUUGUUGUGACGCCGUUUAAACUGGCAGGAAGAGAUGAAACAAUCUUAAUCAAUCGAGGUUGGGUAUCAAGAAAAUGUGUUAAGGCAGAAACUCGUAAAGAUGGUCAAGUUCCUGGAGAAGUCGAACUUUGUGGUGUAGUUCGUUUGGGUGAAGUUCGGCCACAAUUCACACCAGAUCACAAAGGUGACAUCUAUUUAUACAGAGAUCUCCCACGAAUGUGUGCCCAAACCGGUGCAUCCCCUUAUAUACUAGAUGCAGAUUACGCAUCCACAAUCGCAAAUGGACCAAUCGGAGGACAAACACGUGUAACACUACGCAACGAGCAUUUAUCAUACAUCGUUACUUGGUUUUCUCUAUCAGGAGCGACUGCCUGGCUAUGGUAUCGCCAAAUAAUCAAGAGAAAAGCUUUUUAGUUUAGAUCUCUUGUUUUUUAUUGGUUCAUUUAGUGAAAAAUAAAAUUAUUUAUUUUAUAAUCUAAAAUAUAAUAUGUAUUGUGUAUAUAUAUAUAUAUUAUUUCUGUCGCGCUUAAAAUCUAUUAAAAAUUAAAGUUUACAUAUUGCAAGAUAA